AUGAACGAAAACGGAAACAACCAAAGGGACAAAUCGUCUUCUCCUCCUUCCCCACGCCCAUCCAUAAAUCAACAAGCUGUCGCAGACAACGACGGCAAUCCUUCGGUUUCAACUGCCGACUCGCAACAGCAAGGUACUGGUGUCAUGGACGGCAGAAGUGAUUCAGUGAGUGGUAGCUCGGCCGGCGGUGUUCCAAUGGAGAGAUCCAUGGCCUGCCGUGGCUACAGCUACCACGAAUAUCUGUCUUCAGCUGCUAGAGCUUCGCAGCAAUGUUCCUGUGGCUUCACUCCCCGAGGUGUUUCUACGGGCAGUAUGGGAAUGGGUGGUAUUCCCAUGGAGAGAACACAAGGCUGCCGUGGCUACGCUUACCACGAGCAUCUCUCUUCUGCCGCUGGACCUUUGCAGCAAUGUUCCUGCGGCUUCAUUCCCCGACGUGUUUCUACGGGGAGUAUGGGAAUGGGUGGUGUUCCCAUGGAGAGAACACAAGGUUGCCGUGGCUACGCUUACCACAGGCGAUACACAGAUUGCCCUUGUGGUAGGAGGAUGUUUCAGGCUUUUGAUAGAUCUCUAUGA